UUCGACGCAUCGCUUGCUAAGCAUAAGCUUGUUGAGAAGUCUUUGUGUUGCUCAUCGUUUGCAAGAAUGUCAGGACGUGGUAAAGGUGGCAAAGCUAAGGGAAAAGCGAAGUCUCGCUCCAACCGUGCUGGAUUGCAGUUUCCUGUCGGACGUAUCCAUCGGCUCUUACGCAAAGGCAAUUACGCCGAACGUGUAGGUGCCGGUGCUCCAGUUUACCUGGCAGCUGUAAUGGAAUAUCUCGCAGCUGAAGUGUUGGAAUUGGCGGGAAACGCUGCACGUGAUAACAAGAAGACUAGAAUCAUUCCCAGACAUCUACAACUUGCCAUCCGUAAUGACGAGGAGUUGAACAAACUCUUAUCUGGUGUUACUAUCGCUCAAGGUGGUGUACUGCCGAACAUCCAAGCAGUCUUACUGCCCAAGAAGACCGAGAAGAAAGCCUAACAAGCAAAAAUUAUAAACGGCCCUUUUUAGGGCCACCAAUUUUAACGAAGAACAUCUUAUUCGCAAUUCUGUCUCCUUACAAUUACCAUAUAUUCAAUACAAAUAUGAAAAUAUAAUCUUUCCUGAAACCAUAUAAUUCUUCAUACAAAGAAUUUAAUAAAUCUAUAUAAAUAUCUUUAGAUAUAUACAGUUACACAUAUUGACUUUAAAUAUUUUUAUACGUAUUAGCUUCAAAUAUUUUUCGUUUUUUUGUAAUUAUUAUAUGUACAUUACUAAUUUUAAUUAUAGUUACAAUUAACCAAGUUCCAAGUAUUUUUUUAUUUUAUAUUUAUAUCGUACUGUUAAUAUUUUUAAAAUACUUAUACUAAUUUCGAUAUAAUUACAUUGAUAUGAUAACAUUAAACAAUCACAAGAAAGCUUUUAUCAGGCCUAAAAAUGUAUUAUUUUAAUUAUACUGCAUAAUUAAUUAUGAUUGUACCGUACAAUUUAAGUAACAUUAAAGUAUAAAUAUGGAAACAAAUAUUUCUUUCGAAAUAACCGUCGUUGAAAGAAUCGAAACAACAGUUUGUUUAUCUUUCAUACAAUAUCAUAUUCUGUAUUCUUAAUAUCAUGAACUUAUUGCUGUAAAUACAAUCCGCUUAUUUGUCAAUACGCAACGUUCAGUCAGCGCUUAUAGGAGAAUGCAAGAAAAACAAUGUUGUAACUUGAAUUUAAAAUACUUAUGUCACAAAAAGCAAAGAACAAGGUUAUUAUGUUAUUUUCUGUAAUAUCAACAUUACCAAAUAUAAGAAACCGAAGUCGAUGUCAUAAGUGAAUCAAUCACAUCCAUAUGUAUCAAAGUCAUGCAUAUAAGUAAAAAUGUAACCAAUAUCGACUGUGUAAAACGCUAUAUUAAACGGGAAUAUUUAAGUCUUAA